AUGGCAUAUACCGGCCUCACCGUGCCUCUCGUCGUGAUGAGUGUUUUCUGGGGCUUCGUCGGCUUCCUGGUGCCCUGGUUCAUCCCUAAGGGUCCCAACCGGGAAGUUAUCAUCACCAUGUUGAUGACCUGUUCAGUUUGCUCCCGCUGCUAUCUCUUUUGGCUGAUUGCAGUUCUGGCCCAACUCAACCCUCUCUUUGGACCACAGUUGAAAAAUGAAAUCAUCUGGUACAUCAAGCAUCACUGGCCUUGA